CCCGGCGGCGGCCCAUGCGGCGGUGCGCAGCGGCGGCGGGGCGGCGGGGAACGGCCGCGGGCCGGGGGCUGCGCGGCGCGGCCGCCGUGAAUGUGCAGGCGGCGGAGGGCGGUUAGGCGUUCGCGGCGCUCGCAGCGGUGGAUUGUGGGAGGCCGCCGCCGCCAGCAGCGAGCACACACAAUAUGUGGUGGCUCGCGAAAACGGGAGGCAGGAGCCUGGCGGCCAGCCCGCGCCGGUAACCGGCCCCAUGUGAGACGGGAGCUCGCCUUUCGCCGCCCGGAGACGAUCGGCCGCCGAGCGCGAUGUCUUUCCGAGAGAUCAAGGCGGGGGAAAAAGCCAAGCACCCUGAAGAUCAUGGCAAAAAGCAGAGUUCAAGUUGGAUCAACGGAAUGGAGAACAGCACGCAAGCCAGCACUUCUGUCGAGAAAAGAAAUCACCAUUGGAGAAGUUACAAGUUGAUUAUUGACCCGGCUCUGAAAAAAGGACAGCACAAACUCUACCGUUACGAUGGGCAACAUUUCAGCAUGCCUAACUCGGGAAUCGCUCCUGUGGAUUGUGUCAGGGAUCCCAGAAUAGGGAGAAUAUGGACCAAAACUAAGGAGCUGGAGCUGUCUGUCCCCAAAUUCAAGAUUGAUGAGUUCUACGUGGGGCCAGUGCCCCCCAAGCAGGUCACCUUUGCCAAGCUGAACGACAACAUCCGUGAAAACUUCCUGACUGACAUGUGCAAGAAAUACGGUGAAGUGGAGGAGGUGGAGAUUCUCUACAACCCCAAAAACAAGAAGCACUUGGGCAUUGCCAAAGUGAUCUUUGCCACUGUCAAAGGAGCCCGGGAGGCUGUCCAGCACCUUCACAACACCUCUGUCAUGGGCAACAUCAUCCACGUGGAGCUGGAUACAAAAGGUGAAACCCGCAUGAGGUUCUAUGAACUGCUCGUUAAUGGUCUUUACACUCCUCAGACCCUCCCUGUGGGCACCGAACAGGACGUGUCGCCAACUGUGAAUGAGACUCUCCAGUUGACGGAUUCCCUGAAGCGCCUGAAAGACAGUAACCUGUCCUCUGCGGGAUCCUCUGUCACCCCCAACAGCAGCACCCCGUUUUCCCAUGACACAGCCUAUUCCAGCUGUCGGCAAGACACCCCAAACUCCUACAGCCAGUUUACCCCUCAGUCCCAAGGAACACCUCACACCCCACGGUUAGGGACGCCGUUUUCCCAGGACUCCACCUAUUCUAGUCGUCAGACAACGCCUGUCUACCACUUUGGGCAAGACAGUGGGUACAAACCCAGGAGACAUGAAACUAAAUUUACAGAUGCCUACAACCGUCGGCCGGGACAUCACUAUGUCCAUAACUCGGUGGGUGUUUUCCGAGGGACGGAGCAUCAGUUUAGUACUUACAAGUCCCAUCAGCCAGAGCCAGUUCAGUUCUCUCACACUCCUCCCCUGAGCCACUCUAGUUCUUCAAGCUACAAAUCUGCCUUCUCUCCCUACCAAGCACCAGCUGUAUUUCCCCAAGCUGAUGAGCAGCCGUUUCCCCAAACUUCCAGGGAAGCAGAGUAUCGAAGACCUGCGCCACCUCCGACUGAGAUGGUUGUGGAAAGCAGCGCUGCCCCUAACAUCGAUUUUGUCCCAGUGAAGGAGAAACAGGAGGAGCCUCCUCCACCCUUGCCCGAAUCGAACUCUGCUCCUGAACCGAGCGCAGCAUCCUUCUCUCAGACCCCAGAGAGAAGCGAGACCCCUGGCACCCCCACCAUGGAGUCUGAAAUGCAGCAUAACAGUUUAGACUCAAGGAUUGAGAUGCUCUUAAAAGAGCAAAGAACAAAGUUACCCUUUCUGAAUGAGCAUGACUCGGAUAACGAGAUCCGAAUGGAAGGCAGCCCCAUUUCCUCCUCUUCUUCCCAGCUCUCUCCCAUCCCAAUGUACGGUUCAAACUCCCAGCCCGGUUACAGAGGUCAGACACCUUCCUCGCGCCCUUCCAGCACAGGCCUGGAGGACAUCAGCCCCACACCAUUACCUGACUCUGAUGACGACGAGCCUAUCCCUGGGACAGCUUCGUUGAGUCAGAACUCCCGCGGGACAUCGGAGGCCAGCAUGACUCCCAUUGAUCAGCUGAGCAGGACCUCCAAACUUGAGACUUCAGAGGCUAAAGAAAUGGUGCCUGGUGACCAGACUCCAACGUUGGAAAAAAUGGACGAGGGUCAGCAUUCUUCAGGGGAGGACAUGGAAAUCUCUGACGAUGAGACCAACCCUGCACCCAUCACCAGUGCAGAAUGUGCCAAAACCAUUGUGGUGAACUCCUCCGUCAGCAACACGGCUGUGAUGGCCCCAUCGAUUCCUCCCAUGCCACCACCAGGAUUCCCUCCUCUUCCUCCUCCUCCUCCCCCACCUCCCCAGCCAGGCUUCCCGAUGCCUCCGCCGCUGCCUCCACCACCUCCACCUACUCACCCUGCUGUCACUGUCCCCCCUCCACCACUCCCUGCCCCUCCUGGGGUCCCUCCACCUCAUAUCUUGCCUCCGCUUCCUCCGUUCCAUCCUGGCAUGUUCCCUGUCAUGCAAGUGGAUAUGAUAAGUGUCUUGGGUAACCAGUGGGGUGGCAUGCCGAUGUCCUUCCAGAUGCAAACUCAGAUGUUGAGCCGCAUGAUGCAGGCACAGAACACAUACCAGUAUCCGCCUUUCAUGACGGGUCGGAUGCAGUUUGUGAACCUUCCACCCUACCGCCCUUUCUCUAUGGGAGCAGCUCUUGGUCGUGGUCAGCAGUGGCCACCACUGCCCAAGUUUGACCCUUCAGUUCCACCACCUGGUUAUGAGCCGAAGAAGGAAGAUCCCCACAAAGCCACUGUGGAUGGAGUCCUCUUGGUCAUAGUGAAGGAACUUAAGGCUAUCAUGAAAAGGGACCUGAACCGGAAGAUGGUUGAAGUGGUAGCAUUUCGGGCAUUUGAUGACUGGUGGGACAAGAAGGAACGUCUAGCAAAGGCAUCUCUCACUCCAGUGAAGUCUGGAGGAGAACUGGAGGAAAAACCAAAGCCGAAGGAUCGAAUCGCAUCUUGUCUUUUGGAGAACUGGAACAAAGGAGAAGGCCUGGGAUACGAGGGAAUUGGCUUGGGCAUUGGGCUACGAGGGGCCAUCCGGCUGCCAUCCUUCAAGGUGAAAAGAAAGGAGCCACCUGAAGCUGCCUCAGCAGGAGAUCAGAAGAGAAUCCGGCCUUCUACUUCUGUGGAUGAUGAAGAUGAAGAGUCGGAGAGGGACAGGGAUGCCUCUGACACAACAUCUGACCUGUCAAAGAAGGAUGCAGAAGCAGUGGGGCUGAGGCGGCGACCAGCAAGGCCACUGGAGCUUGACAGCGAGGGAGAAGAGGGAGAUGAGACAUCAGAGAAAGAGGAAGAGUCCUCUUCAGAGAAGGAGGAGGAGCAGGAAGAAGAGGGAAGCUUGGUGAAAGCAGCACCUGGCAAGGAGGAAGAGGAGGAUGAUGAGGAGGAUGAAGAUGAUGAUGAGGAUGAAGAUGAUGAUGGUGAUGAUGAUGAGGAUGAAGAUGAGGAGGAGGAGGAGACAGGCAUAGACACAAGUGACAAGGAGGAGGAGCAAGACUCUGAGGAGGAUGUAGCAAGUCCCUCAUCUUCCAAGGCUGAAGUUGAAUCAUCCGAUGAAAGCGAGGACUCCUCCGAAUUUGAGUCAAGUUCAGACUCAGAUGAUGAAGAUGAGGAUGAUGAAGACGAAGAGGAGGAGGAAGAGGAAGAAGAGGUGGCUGAAGAUCAAGACAGAGAAGCCAUGGUUGCUGAGACGGAGCAUGAACCUGCUAGUCAUGAGAUUCCCGAUGAUGAGAGGGAGACUAUUUUAGAGCUGUAUCCCGUGGAUGACUACAUGGAUGCAACAGGCUUGGGACUCGCAGAGCCAGCUUUGGCAGUGAAAGAUGAAGGCAUGGAAGAAAUCAAAGCUGGGGAAGGUGAAUGUGGUGAAGUCCCAGAGGCAUCUAUUGCUGCUGAAACACUGAAACACUUGGUUAUGGAAAGAGACCAGGAGACAAAACUUGCUCUGUCUCCCAUCUGUAGGCCAGAGGAAGAGUCCGAACCCGCUACCAUGCUGGAGCCAGAGGUACAGGAAGGUCCAAAGCCUGACUCUCAAGAUGAGGAGGCGGUGCUCUGUCUCUCAGCCCCAGUGGGAGUCUUUGGAGAGCCUCUGCCCAAUAAAAGCAGCUUCUUUAGCAAGUCUGAGGACAGCAGCUUAGAAGCUCAGGUUAAAACAAAACUGCCCUCUGCAGCCGAGGAAGACGACCGGCUGCCUCGCACGCCUGGACUGGAGGUGAUGGUCCAUUCAGAGACUGAUGCUCUUUUGCUUCCAGCCCACAAAGUGCCAUCCUCCAUGCUUCCCUUACCAUCCACUCCUGGUAAGGAAGAACCUUUAGUCCCUCCAGAAAAGUUCCCUGAACACUUACUGGUGACCAAAACGUCCAUAGAAGAGGAGAUUCCAAGGACUCCUGGGCGGGACAUUUUGGUCAAGUCUUCACACCCCUUUGCAAAGUCGCAGAGCACGGACACUGUUCCAGCCACACCAGGCAGCGAUGCUCCCCUUACAGGAAGCAGUUUGACCCUCAGUUCCCCUCAAGUCCCAGGGAGCCCCUUUUCCUACCCAUCCCAAUCACCUGGCAUCAACAGUGGCAUUCCUCGGACUCCUGGGAGAGAUUUCAGUUUCACGCCUACUUUCCCAGAGGCUGGUGCUACCAUUUCUUGCUUUCUGUCUGGCAAGAAACAGUCAGAGGAUGACGUCGAUGAGAAACCCUUUAAAGAGCCUCUUGGUGCUUCCCUUACGAUCAGCAUGAACAGUGUUCCUUCCCCGAUCCCCUUCGCCAGCCCCCCACAAGCAGAUUUCCACAUGGACAUAGGUUUGCCACCUGAUGAGCCAAUACCUGUAGCAGUCCUGCCAUGCAUGCAUGGAGAUGGAAGAAUGCCCAUUGAGGAAUGCAAGGCAGAAGUGAAAUCUGUUUUGCUCUCGUCAGAAGUACCCCCUGGUGCUUCUGUUCUUCCUCCCCCACCACCUCCUUCUGUCCUUCCCAAAAGGAGGCCAGGCCGACCAAAACGGUCACCACCUUCUGUCCUCUCAUUGGAUAUGUACUCGGGCAAAACCAUAGAACCUCCUCCUAUGCCAGUGGCCUUGGUGGAAAGUGCUGUGGGCAAAGAGCUGCUGAGUGGACAUCCUGAUGCUUUCUAUGGACUAAAAGACCCUGAAGCCGUCACCCUGGACUUCAGGAAUGACGGUUUCCAUGAGAAAAUUGCAGCUGAGACAGUUGCAGAGAAACUGCCAUUUAAGGAACUGGAGAACCAGUGGAAUGAAGACUUCAAGGAGGAAGAAGCUCAUGCAAAACCUAAACGGCAGUGGCGAAGGCAGAAGAAGUCACCUGAGCACCUCCCAGCGAUUCCUUCCCCUGAGUAUUCCCCACCCCGGCCUCAGUUCAGGCCACGCUCCGAGUUUGAGGAGAUGACCAUUUUGUAUGAUAUUUGGAACGGAGGCAUAGAUGAGGAAGAUAUCAAAUUCAUGUGUAUCACAUAUGACCGCUUGUUACAGCAGGACAAUGGUAUGGACUGGCUCAAUGACACCCUGUGGGUAUUCCAUCCCUCUACUAGCUUUUCUACCCCCAAGAAAAAGAAGCGGGAUGAUGGGAUGCGGGAGCAUGUCACGGGCUGUGCGCGGAGUGAAGGCUAUUACAAAAUUGAUAAGAAGGACAAACUCAAAUACCUCAACAAUAGCCGAGCUUUUGCAGAGGAGCCUCCAGCUGACACACAGGGUAUGAGCAUCCCUGCUCAACCUCAUGCUUCUACGCGGGCUGGCUCCGAGAGGCGGUCAGAGCAGCGCAGGCUCCUCUCCUCCUUCACUGGUAGCUGUGACAGUGACCUGCUCAAGUUCAACCAGCUCAAGUUCCGGAAGAAAAAGCUAAAAUUCUGUAAGAGCCACAUCCAUGACUGGGGCCUUUUUGCUAUGGAGCCCAUUGCAGCUGAUGAGAUGGUGAUUGAAUACGUGGGGCAGAACAUCAGGCAGGUCAUUGCUGACAUGCGUGAAAAGCGAUAUGAGGAUGAAGGCAUCGGGAGCAGUUACAUGUUCCGAGUGGAUCAUGACACCAUCAUCGAUGCCACGAAGUGUGGAAACUUCGCCAGGUUCAUUAAUCACAGCUGCAAUCCAAAUUGCUAUGCUAAAGUGAUCACGGUGGAGUCUCAAAAGAAGAUUGUCAUCUACUCCAAACAGCACAUCAAUGUGAAUGAGGAAAUUACCUAUGACUACAAGUUUCCAAUUGAGGAUGUAAAAAUCCCAUGUCUCUGUGGCUCUGAGAACUGCAGGGGAACCCUGAACUGAACUCAAGGUUUCUCAUCACACUUGCACCUUCGGCCAUGUCAGAACUGUGGUAACCAGGUGUGGUUGCACUUUGCCAAAUAAAAAAGGAAAAACAAAACAAAAAAAAACAGUAAAAAAAAGGAACAAAAAAUUAAAAAGGAAAAAAAAAAUAAAAAAAGAGAGGAAAAAAAAGAGAAGAAAAACCCCAAGUUUCGCACUUCUGCCAGGAUCAUGAAUGACAGCAAAAGCGCACACGCUUACGAGGACUGUUCAUGUUUCAGGUGCUCUUUCCUUUUCAGAUCCUACGCGCACACAAAAAGGUGAUAACCAUUUUGUGGCAUGGUCUAUCCAAACACUAGCUUCUCUGUUCAGUCCCUACAGUAAUGCUCCAGAAUGGAAUAAUGGUACCUUGUUCUUUUUUUUCAAUUGUUGUUCUAAACCUUCAUCUUUUCAUCAAUGCUGCUACCUUUUUCUCAUCAGUUCUGUUGGUUGAAAAAGACAUUCAACGUUUAAAUGUGAAGCAGAGACUGAAAAUGCCAUAUAGGGUUUGUUGGGAGCUUGAUUGGCUGAAAUUGCACAGAUUUCUCAGAGUAAGCUGUAAAUAAAUGUAAGGUUGAUGUUACAGAGCAA